AUGGACAAUGCCAUGAGAUCAGCCAUAGGAAGCUUUGCAUUGGUUCAGCCAUAUUUCAAGCUGCUCUUACAGACAAAUCCAAACUCAAGAGUUGCCCUCAAAACGGAAUUAGAUAGCAAUGGAGUUGAUCGGUUUAAGUAUCUCUUCCUUUCACUGCACACAUCAAUCCAAGGAUACGCAUACAUGAGAAAGGUAAUCGUCAUAGACGGUACGCACCUACGAGGCAGAUAUGGAGGCUGUCUCAUUGCUGCAAGUGCUCAGGAUGCAAACUUUCAGGUGUUCCCUCUUGCGUUUGCAAUAGUUAACAGUGAGAACGAUGACGCGUGGACGUGGUUCUUACAGAAGCUAACGGACGUCGUGCCAGACGAAGCAGACCUGGUGUAUCCAAUGUCAUCGCAUGCGGCGUGCAUGGUCCACCUAAAGAGGAACAUCAUUGCGAUUUUCAAGUCAGAGGCUUUGGGCGCAUUGGUGUCAAGCGCAGCGAGAGCUUACAGACUAGCUGAUUUCAACAAACUCUUUGCAGAGAUCAACGCAAUGAACAGCAAGUGUGCAGACUACCUAACUGGCAUCGGUUUCGAGCACUGGUCGCGAUCACACUAUGUGGGGGAACGUUUCAACGUAAUGACAAGCAACAUAGCUGAGUCCUUAAACAAUGUGUUGACUAUGGCACGUGAUUACCCCGUUAUUUCGAUCCUUGAGACCAUCCGAACCACAUUAGUAACUUGGUUUUCCAUUCGGCGUGAAGCAGGACAACAGGAGGAGAACAUAUUGCCCCCCAAGGUAAAUGAAAUGGUAAUUGAGAACUUUGAAAAGGGAGCAGGUUAUAUGGUUUAUAAAAUAGGCGACGGCAUCUAUGAGGUGAGGGGUAAAGACGAAUCAGCAUACGCAGUUCAUUUGUGGGAGAGGACAUGCACUUGCAGGGAAUUUCAGUUAUUAACGAUCCCCUGCAGUCAUGCAAUUGCUGCAGCUAUUCACGCAGGGGUGAGAGUUGACACUUUGGUGGGGGUUAAGCACACAGUCCCAAAUCUCCGUUUGGCAUACAAAGCCCUCAUAAUGCGAGUGCCUGAUAUUGGGAACCUAACACCUUCACCCGGAGACGUUGGGGGAGGGAAACUUGGUCCACCAUUUGUUCGAAGACCACCAGGACGCCCGCGCAAGUCACGUAUAUUUUCAAAGGGCGAGUUCAAGCGCACUUCACGCAAGCGGUGCACACGAUGCCGUACACUGGGGCAUAACCGUGCGACUUGCCGCAAUCCUUUACCGGAGCUGUAA